AUGGCGCUUUCGUCAUUGCCACAGUCCGACAAGAACUCCAUCCUGAAUUGGGUGAACCCUGAAGACAAGUCUGGCGAGUUCAAGAGACAAUCAUCCGCCUUCCGCAACUGGAUAUCCAAGGAACCCAAUGCCGAGUUCCCCGCUGAAAAGGGUCGUUACCACCUCUAUGUCUCGUACGCCUGUCCCUGGGCGCACCGAGCCUUGAUUGUGCGCAAGCUCAAAGGUCUCGAAGAAUUCAUCCCUUACACUUCCGUGCACUGGCACAUGGGAGAGAAGUCGUGGAGAUUCGCCACCCCCGACGAAAAAAUCCCCGGAGCCCACACCGAGCCCGACCCCAUUCACAAAGAAUACACGCAUCUGCGCGACAUCUAUUUCGAACAAGACCCCAACUACUCUGGCCGAUUCACCGUCCCGACCCUGUACGACAUCAAGCAGAAAAAAAUCGUGAACAAUGAAUCCAGCGAAAUCAUCCGCAUGUUCUACACCGAAUUCAACCACCUCCUGCCCCCCAAAUUUGCCCAGGUAGACCUCCUCCCCACCGACCUCAAGGCAGACAUCGAAUCCACCAACGAAUGGACCUACAACGACGUCAACAACGGCGUCUACAAAUCCGGCUUCGCCACCACCCAAUCCGCCUACGAGAAAGCCGUCACAACCCUCUUCACCUCCCUCGACAAAAUCGAACACCACCUCCGCGCCAUCAACUCCAAAGGACCAUUCUACAACGGCCCACAAAUCACCGAAUCCGACAUCCGACUCUACACAACCAUCAUCCGCUUCGACGUGGUGUAUGUGCAACAUUUCAAAUGCAACCUUCGAGACAUUCGCAGUGGAUAUCCGGCGAUUCACGCGUGGAUGCGGAAUUUGUAUUGGAACUUUCCUGACUCGUUUGGAGAGGGUACGACGGAGUUUACGCAUAUCAAAUGUCAUUAUACGAGGAGUCAUCAGCAGAUUAAUCCGUUUGGGAUUACGCCUGUGGGGCCUGUACCGGAUGUGUUGCCGUUGGGGGAGGAGGUUGCUGCUGCUGCUGGGGGGAAGUAA